AUGAUGGAUGGUUGUCAUGAUGUUGACAAAUUUUUAAGAUUUGGUUCAUUAGCUAAAAAUCGUAUAGAAGAUGAAAAUAAUGAAAUUAAUUUUGAUAAUGUAUCAACUGUAAAAGAAGCUUUGAAAUCUUUAAACAAAAAUAGUAAUCCUGAUGCUCCUGCUUCAGCUCAAAAUGUUUAUGAUAUGCCAAAAUCAUUUAUUGAUUUAGUCAAAUAUAAAUUAGAAUAUAAUGAUUUUUGGUAUUUGGCAGAUUGUAUUAUUAAAGGUGAUUUUCAAACUUAUUCAACUUUAGAAAAAGAAACAAUAAAUGAUAUAAAAAAAUAUCAUCCUGAUAAAACAUUAAAUGAAAGUCAAAUAAAAAGAGAAUUAACUAAAGGUUUAAUAGGAUAUUGUGUUGAUCAUAAAACUAGAGCAAAUCCUGUUAUGUUUCUUAGUUCGCAACAAUGUAAAACUAAUGAUGAUAAUACAGUUACUCAUAGUUAUUGUGAACAUAUGAAAAUGUUACUUGAAAAUCUUUCAUCAGAAGAUCGUUAUGCUCUUGUAACAGCUGAAUAUGGAAAGACAAAAUUUACAUCAUUACAUUAUGCUGCAUUAAUGGGAUCUCCAUGUAGUUUAUUAGUUUUAUUAUCAAAUGGUGCAAAUGUUAAUGUUUAUGAUAAUAUGGAUGCUCCACCUUUAAAAUAUGCACUUGUUAGAAAAAAUGUUUCAUUUCUUAAAGUACUUUUAAUGUUUGGAUGUAAUAUUGCUGAUUAUAUUGAAACAUGUAUAAAUAAUUUUUCUUAUUCAAGAUAUGAACAAAAAAUUAGGCAACGUAUUAGUUUAUUAAAAAAUAGAUUAUCUAAUACAAAAUAUGUUUUUAAAGGAUGGUGUGAACAAUAUAUUAAAGAUUUAACAGUUAUAGAUGUAAUAUCAAAUGUUUAUAUUACUAGAGGAGCACUUUAUCCUGGUGGUAAUAUAGCAUAUCCAGAAGCAUCAACUUAUUUUGCACAAACUCAAAUUGUACGUGUUGAUAUGAAAUUUGUUAAUGGAAAUAAUCAAGAUCGUCUUGAAAAUGGUUUAUUUCCUGUUAUUAUUAUGAUUCCAUUUAAUUUUAAUGAAAAAGAACUUGGUGGUUGUAUAAGUGAAUUUCAUGCAACAAAAGUGAAAUUUGUCUCAGAUAAUAGAAGGGAUAAAAAAGAAAAAAUUGCAAAAUAUAUAAUUGAUAAUUUAAAAAUGGAAGGGACAUAUGCAACAUCAAAUGGAUAUCCAGUUUUACCUUUAACAAUAGAACCUCCACAUAAUGGAUAUUUUUAUAUGUUUAGGAUUCCUGAUAAUGUUAUCCAUAUUAAUCAACUUAAAUUUAAAUAUGAAAUUAGAGAUAUUAAAAAUCCUCAAUAUCUUAAUUUAGCAAUAGGAUUAGUUCUUUUGCAAAAAAUAAGGUAG